UGUUAACAGGUGUUUAUCGCCUUACAGACUGCGGACGCCGUGACGUCACCGACGAGCAUGGCGCCCCAUGUCUCCGCACCCGCCGCACAGUUCUCUCCAGGGCCACUCUCUGGCCGCAUGCGGCUGGUCGCACCUCACACCGCAGCCAGGACCAGCGGCGCGUCUAGUGUGGUGACCGGUGGUAUGGGAGAUCCUACCAGGAUCCCGUUACCCGGGAGGGAGUCCGCCGCUACCAGGAGUGUCAGAGUCGACCAGACGGGGGACGUGACAACCAGCUGUGUCCCCCAGACGGCCUGGACGAGUUCCCGUCACUCAUCACCCGAGCGGUGUGGGUCUGGUAGCUGUCAGGCGUCAGCCCGUGACCUGUCUACUCCCCCGCGCCCUGGACGGUCAAGUCGUCAUCUUGCAGACAGACGCGGCCUCGGGAACGUCACAGAUACGACGGUAUACCCGUCAAUACAGACAGACGGGGCGAGGCUCCUCGUCUGCUUGCAACAUACAUGCAAUACUGUCAACCCUACACGUCGUCUGAGCCCGCUAUCUACUCCCCUGACGGCUUGGUUAUCCGGCCCGUUAUCUAUCGUAUCCUCACUCGAAUACCUUACAAGUGCUCCCUCUCUCACUCGUCCCCUUCACACUAUGUUCAGCGCCUGCCUGCGUCUGGUGGGCCACAGUGCCACCAAGCCUGCCACUCAGCCCACUCCGCCACUGCCAGAUAAGGAUCGUGGGCGGGGCCGCGCCCACACCACGAGUGGGCGGAGUGGGCUGGGGGUGCUACUGGUCAUCCUCCACCUGCUGGCCCACACCACGCCUACCCUCGCCUUCGUAGAGAGUCAUGAAGCAGGCCUCAGGAGACAGACUUACUCAGGAUGGGGAGCAGGACCAGAAGGUAAUAUAUGCGAUCUUUGAUAUUUUUUCCAUGUAGGAUAUUGUAUAUGUAGUAUUGCACUCUAGGUUAGCGUUACGUCGCCUGGUGCUCUGAGGUGUGUGUCAUGCUAAGUCGGUCAUUUGUUGCUCUGUUUCAGUCAAAAGGUCUUUGUCUUCUUCCUGAAGCUCUUGAAGUUAUUUCAUUCUCUCUGUGGGGGUGUGUCUUGGGAGAGUGUGUGUGUGUGUGUGUGUGUGUGUGUGUGUGUGUGUGUGUGUGUGUGUGUGUGUGUGUGUGUGUGUGUGUGUGUGUA